GACAGAUAUUGAGAAAUUGCAGAAAGUAGUCUGCCAAGACGCAGUUAUGAUGGCGUUGAUCUCGGGUUACAUCCCGCCUGUUGAAGCGGAUGCGCUGGCCGACCCGCCUGUCGUCGCUGCCCCGGCAGCCAUUCCUGAUUUGACUUUGAACGCUGCGCAUAGAAUUGCUACGAACGUUAUUCGGGUAUUAGUUUUUGGUUCUUGGAUUAGCAGUAGUUAGCGAAGUUUUGUUGUAGUGUUGGUAAUGAGCUCAGUGUUUAGAUUGUCCAUUGAAGAUUUAAUUAGGUCGAUAGUCGUCAAGUUGGUUUAGCAGUGAAGGCGUUGUGACUUCGUCUCUUUGAUCUCGUUUCCCCCAUCAGACCUUCUCGAUCAAAGCCGUUAAGAAUUGUGACGAGAGUAUUUUAAUCGAUGCGUUGAACGAUGUAUAUCGUACGAAGAUGAUUCGUAUUGGCGGCAUGGCUGGUGGGAAUUAUGCCAACCGUAUCAGCGAUUUUUUCUUGCUGGGUUCGUUCCAGGAGCAGCUGGUGCUCAAGAUUGAGAGGUAGUCUCUGUUUGAUAUAAUAGUUUCCUUUUUUUUUUUUUUUGCUUGGUUAAUGUACUCCAUCGAGGCAAUUCUGUGUAAAAGUGAAUUCAUUGGUCAGUCUUGAUUAGUCAGCAAGUCGUUUCUGCAAUACAUACGUAAGCUUCUCUCUCGUAUGUGUUAUUUCGGAAAUUCGCAGGUUGGAAACCGUGCGGAAGAGUGAGGAGUUGGAUCGGAAGAUGGCUUUAGUUGAUUCGCGUUUGAAGAGUUGGUCACCGGAGAAGCCAAGCCCUUAUGGAGGUGGUGGCCAAGGUGGAAAAGGGAAAGGAAAAGGGAAAGGAAAAGGGAAAGGAAGUAGGAAGUGUUUCACUUGGAUUCGUCAAGGUCAGAAUCGUGGAGUUACUUGUGGUUUUUCUUCUUGUACUUUUGAUCAUUCGCUACCGCUUUCGAGAAGCGAAGCUCAAGAUAUUAAGAGUUUUGCUCGCUCUUUGAAUGAUUGGAGUUUGGACUUAGAUUAUUGUGGCGAGGUGCUUCGUUCGAGCGUUCAGUCGUCGAGCUCGAGUUCGUCGGGAUCUAAUACGACGACCAAGUCCGAAAAUGUAAACAGUACUGAGGCUGCGGCCGCUUCAGCUUCGUAA